UUAAAUCUGUUUGUAUGUGUUGGAGUAAUUCCCCACCUAUGGCAGGCCUAAGAUUCAAAAGUUUUCUUGGCAAUUUUUGUUCAGAAGUAGUUUUCCUUUGCCUUCCUCUGAAGUUGAGACAGUGGCCCCAUCAGCUUCAGAAUACAGACUAACUGUAUUGGGUUAUAUGGCAGUGUGGAUUCAUAUGAUCCAGGUCAAUGCGGUUCAAGUCUGCACUGACCAUUAUAAUGCAGCGACUUGCCAGAGGUCAUAAUGUCAGGCUGUGACCCCCGCAAUUGCGUAGUCACAGUGCUUUUCGCCAUGACUGUCUCCCAAAGUGCAAGGACCCUAUGUGUCACCCCAUUGCCCUGAAUUCUGCUAUUCCCAGACUCAUCAUUUCGGGGAGAAAGGCACAUGUCGAAGCAACAUUAGCAGAGGAAAUAUGGAUCCCGGCAUGGAGGGUGUCAAGAGCAGGACAAAAGCAACAGCCCUCAGUCGGUUAACAACUCGUGAUCACAUUACUCUGCCGGCCAGGGAAUCAAUAAUACAUUUACAGACAUGUAAAGGCGGCAGACAGACCUCUGUCAUUAGCCAAGGGGUUUGGGGCUGGGCUAAAAGCACGGUGGGUGAUGGGAAGAGGAGCCUCCUUCCUUCUGUCCUACAACUCAGCCUGAUUUGGGUCUCGACGGACAAAGUAAGACACUUUUUGGGAGAAAGAAUAGCAAGCAAGGCUCGUGGUUUGCUUCCUGUUCACUCGUGGUUUGCAAGAAGCGACUCCGGCUGGUGGAGAGAAGCUUUCUGUCUAAGACGGAAACUGGAUCCAUGAAGGAGAAGAACAGAGGCCUGAGAGGCUACCAGCCCUACGAAAUAAUUUAGCUGCCAGGCGCUAUUUUGAGCCUGUUGCCGAGCUACCACGUUCCAAAGCCCAUUCUUGGGGGAGAUCGGUUACAGGGUGCAGACAAUGGCGUGUAAUGCAAGAGCCUAGCGGUGCGGGAAUGAGGCUUCCCUAAGGACUCCAGAGCAGGAGAGAAGAGUCUGCCUGGGGUGAACUGGUGGUGCUGGUGGUAGUGGUGGGGAGUAGGGGUUGGACUCUCUAUUGCUGCGUGGAGACACCCCUCUUCUGAAGGUACGAGUCCUCUGCAUGGAAAGUGGGCACAGCUUCCAAGUCUGGACGUGUGGAUGGGCCACUCACGAAUGUCCCAACUUCAGGAUGGAGAAGAAGACAGCUCAUUGAGUUUCUGAAGAACUCAACGAGACAGGAUGGAUGACAAGGCACCGCGAGAUGUCCAUCAUUGAAGGAGCCCAUUGGCAUUCUGGGUCAGCCAUGGAUCCGUUUCCUUUUUGUUCUUUGAGAUGUGCAUUGGAGGCUCCUGAAAUUUUAAUGAAGACACCAGAUCUGAGAAGGAGGCCGCCCGUGACAGGUGUGAAUUUGCAGGACGUACCAGCAUCUGCCUGAGUGCCUGGAACCUAGACAGAGUCUCCGAAGCAGAUGAACACAGAGGCGGGAUGGCAACCAGCACCUAAACCACCAAAGAUCAGAAGAUAAAGCUACAGCAGGGGCCGGGGUCUGUAGGACUUGAGGCUGUCCAACCAUCUGGCAUCUCAUAAGGUUGCUUUGUGGGGCCUGCUGCUUCUGGGAGAAGAACAUAAGACCUGAAGAAGAAGCUGAGUGGACAGUUGCCAGGAUGACGCAGGCGUUCUGGAAGGUCUACAAAGCCAAAGUAAUGCAGACCCUCGGCGGAGAGUCACAAGAAGAGGAUCUUGAAGACGAGAGAGAGAGUCCUGAACUGAUGGAAACCACAGAUUCAACACUGCUGACAGAAGAAGGGUCCAACCCUGUUUCUCAACUGGCACGGAGGGUCCAAGGAGCUGGAGCCAAGAGCUGGAGGACUGUAUCAUCCUUGUUCAGCCGGGAAGAUGAACACAAACUGCUGGCCUCUGAGCCUUGUGCUGACCACCCCUUGGCAGCCAAACCGGAGGAGGAUUCCGCCUCCGAGAAGAGGACCGCUGGCCUUUGGGACGUCUUUGCUUCGAAGUGGCCGCAGCCUUCGGGCCUGGAGAAGAUGGUGGACCCCCGAGAGCCGCCCACCAGAGGCAGGUCGGGGGACUCGGCGGCCGAGGAAGAGGAGGAGGGGGAAGCCGGCGGCACCGGCCAGGACAACGACCUCCGAGAAGCCGAAGGGAUGGCCUUCAAGUGGAGCUUCCUGACCAACAAACUGGCCGAGAUGAAGAACAGAAGCGUCUCCAAGAGCAACUAGGACAGAUGCAGGAAGGACAGACUUCGGACGCGAUGCUUGUCUUUCCAGGAGAGGACAAGGACUGUCACUUUCUCCCCAAGAGCCUUGUGUGAUGCGGAGGAUCCAGGACAUUGUAUUAACCACCGCGAUGUUAGGAUGCUGCCCUCCUUGCACCCCCUUUCCCACGCGUGCCCCACAUUUCCCUAUCCCCUUGUCCUCCCCAUCUUCUUCAUAAGACUGUUCUUUCAAAUCUAUAUAUAUAAAAAAUGUAAUGUUCGUUUGUAGGACUGAGUAAACAACAAAACCACUGAACCAAAUCACACCAAAUUUGGCCACAAAAGACAUACUCAUCCAAUCUAUGUCUUUCAAACAAAAAACCUGGAAAAUAAAGUCCAAAUUAGAGAAUAUAUAAA